AUGGGGCUGCACGCUGCAGCGGCAGCAGCGGCAGCAGCAGCAGCAGCAGCAGGGCGCCGAGCGGUUAGGGUGGCAGCAGCAGCAGCAGAGGGGGAGAACGGCUCACUAAGGACCCAGCCAGGCCAGGAGCAGGGAGGGGAGGAGGGGGGUGAGGCGGACCCCGUGUUGGAGGAGGCGAGGCGGCGCAGGGCAGAGUGGCAGGCGCCGGCGCCGACGCGCGUGGAGGCGAUCCUCGACGUGCUGUUUGUGUUCGGCGGGCUGCUGGACCGCCCGUUCGGGUCGGGGCAGAGCAUUGCGGCGGCGGGGCGGGUGGUUCUGGCGCGCGUGGAGAAGGAGGUGCAGGCGCUCCGGCAGGAAGGCGAGGGUGGCGCCGCUGCUGCCGCUGCUGCUCCUGUGCGCACUGGCGCGGCGGCUGUUCCGCGGAGUGGGAUGGAUGGUUUGGCGGCGGAGGGAGCAGCAGCAGGCGGGGGUGGUGAAGGCGGGAAGGGGGGCGCGGUGAACCGGCAGCAGGUGUUGUUUGAGUUGAUGCGGGUGGUGCAGCUGCUGGGCGUGGACAUGCAGAUGGUGGGCGCUGCUGUGAAGGAGGAGACGCUGCUGAAGCGCCUCGAGGAAGCCAAGAGCCACUGCCAGCUGGCCAUGCGCCUUGCCAAUAGCUUGUGA